AGAGCUGGAGGGGACACUUGUUGUUUUGAAUCCCGAGAAAGUAAGCCAGUCAGCAGGGCGGGUGAAGUGCAUUUAUAUCAUUGUCUCGGCCUGAUAUAAAUGCCUUUUUUUUUUUUUUUUGCGCUCCCCUUGUUUCUUCCUCUUCAAGCCAAGUUACCAAUCUGGCGGGCAGUCAUCCAGAAGCGAAGGCUCUUCGAGAGGGUGAAGCGAGAUGUAGGGAUUGUAGUGAAUUGUACGACCCAAUAUGUCCAGAAUCUGAACCACAUGUUUAGAACAAAAGCCAACGACAGGCGAGCAAGCAGGGUCAGCAGGAACAAUCAAGAGGCUGGUGAUCUUUAAGUUGCAAAGAGAGUGUCAAGCAUCGCUUGACAGACUACCAAGAC